AUGUCGCGAGAGCGCAAGAUCACGCGCGAAGCUGCAGGAGCAGCAGCAGCAGCAGCGGCAACAGUAGUAGUAGUAACAGCAGCAGUAGCAGGCAGCACAAACAAUACGCGAAACAGAUGUGACACGCUAGACCGUAGAACACGACCAUCGCGAAAUACCAACAGGAACGCCGCCCGUCGCAAAAGCAGCAGCAGCAGCAGUAGCAGCAGCAGCACGGACGCUGCCAUAGCAGUGACAGGCACUAAAGCAAUAGCAGCAGCAGGAGCUCCACCAGAAGCAGAUGCAAGGCAACAGCAGCGAGAACAGCAGCAGCUCGCGUGA